AAGUUGAAAAUGGGGGAAAAAUGUGUAAUGAAAGCAGUGACUUCGGAUGAUCUCCCGGAAAAUCCCCGGGAACAUUCAAACUUUAUUUCAGCCCACAGCUUUUGGUAUACAAUACCUAUGUUUGUUAAAGGAAGCAAAAUAACGUUAAAUGUUACGGACUUAUAUAAGGUCUUAAAGGAGCACAAGUCUGAGAAAUUGGGCAAUGAAUUAGGUACCUUAUGGGACCAAGAAGUAAAAACGAGCAAUGGGAAUCCCAAUCUUUUUAGAGUCCUUCUGCGACAGUUCGGAUGUUAUUUCGGAUUCCUCGGAUUAUUUAUAUUAAUUGUGGAAAUAUGCUUUCGCGCGAUGCAACCUUACUUCCUGUUGAAGCUCAUAUCCUACUUCAACCAAGGAUCUGAUUCCGUGGAGACCGGAUACAUAUAUGCAGGCGGACUGAUCCUGACUCUCGCCCUCCUUACUAUCAAUAUAUAUCCGUACUUGUUCACUAUUAGAAACCUGGGCUUUAAGAUCCGUGUGGGCCUAAGCAGCUUGGUCUAUCAAAAGGCUCUACGGCUGAGCAGGACUGCAUUAGGAGACACCACGACCGGACAUGUAGUGAAUCUUAUAUCAAACGACCUUGGCCGCUUGACUACCGAUUCAUAUUAUGGACAUUAUUUAAUAGUGGGCCCUCUGCAAACCCUUCUUAUUACAUAUCUGAUGUACUCUGAGAUUGGAGUGGCAGCUUUAAUUGGAGUUGGCUUCAUGAUGCUUUUCAUUCCCUUAAAUCUUUACCUUGGGAAACAGACCGCCGCUUUACGACUGAAAAGUGCAGAGAAAACCGACGAUCGAGUUCGCUUGAUGGGCGAGAUAAUCUCGGGCAUUCAGGUGAUCAAAAUGUAUGCCUGGGAGCUGCCCUUUGAGCGGAUCGUGUCCUACGCCAGGAAGUUGGAAAUUAAGGCACUUCGCCAUAAGGCCUACCUUGGAGGUAUCACAAAAUCCCUAAUAUUCUUUGUAUCGCGAACCUCCAUUUUCAUCAGUUUAAUGAGCUUUGCGAUAAUUGGAAACACUCUUAGUCCGCAAGUGGCCUUCUUCGUCACAGCUUACUACAAUAUCCUUAAAAUUACGUUGAGUAAUUUAUUUGCUGCUGCCAUAACUCAGUCAGCCGAUUAUAUGGUUUCCUUAAGACGGGUCCAGAACUUUUUACAAUUAGAAGAGACGACUGAAUUGGAAAUAGUGGUAGAAUCAGAAAAGGGCGCGGGAAAGGAACGAUAUAUAUCACUUUCCGAAAAACCCGAAAAGGAUGCUUCGCAGAAUCCCCAACUCGCCAUAUCUGGGUUGAAAGCGAAGUGGGACCGCAAAUCACCUGAGUACACUUUGAAUGGUAUAAACUUGAGGGUGAACCACGGAAGCUUACUGGCUGUUGUGGGUCUCACUGGGUCGGGUAAGUCCAGUCUAAUCCAAGCCAUUCUCGGCGAACUGCCCAUCGAGUCGGGCGAGAUCAAGAAGAAUGGGUCCGUGUCGUAUGCCGCCCAGGAACCCUGGCUCUUCUCCGGUACCGUGCGCCAAAACAUCCUGUUUGGCCAACCCAUGGACCACCAAAGGUACUGGCAAGUGGUGAAGGACUGCGCUCUUGAGCGUGACUUUGAUCUUCUUCCAUAUAAGGACCAAACGUAUGUGGGAGAUCGCGGAGCUUCCCUUUCGGGAGGGCAGAAGGCGAGGAUCAGCUUGGCCAGGGCCGUGUACCGGGAGGCCUCCAUCUACCUCUUGGACGAUCCACUUAGUGCGGUGGACCCCCAUGUGGCUCGCCACCUCUUUGAGAAGUGUAUACGGGGUUAUUUGCGCGAUCGCAUUGUUAUCCUGGUCACUCAUCAAUUGCAGUUUCUUCAAAAUGUCGACCAGAUCCUGAUCAUGGAAAAGGGUCAGGUGAAUGCUGUGGGAACGUAUCAGUCUCUACACGAAUCGGGUCUGAAUUUUGCUACCAUGUUGGCCGAUCCAAAAGGGGAAGGGCGGGAUGCUGCUGCUUCUCCAAGUAGUGAACUAAAGAGCGAACAAGCUAAUACUUCUCCGAGUCUUGUCGUGGAACCUCAAAAGGAACCAUCGGAUCCUGAGGCAGAGCAGAUGAUUACCCAGGAGCACCAGGAAACUGGAACAGUCGGCCUGGAUCUUUACGGAAAAUACUGCAAGGCCGGCGGUGGCUUCUUCGUCUUCUCGCUGAUAAUGGGUUUUUGUUUGCUCUCUCAGGCAGUGGCUUCGCUAGGUGACUACUUCCUUAAUUACUGGGUAACCAAGAGGGGCACUUUAGUUCAGCCUGGAAACUCCACAUUUGUUUCCGGCGAUCUGGAGUCGCAUAUUUCGGUGCGGUUGCAUGAACUGGGCUGGUCAGUGGAACCCGAAACGCUGGACACCUAUAUUUUUACACUGAUCACCGUCCUGACCAUUGUGGUGAUAGUAUCCCGAUUCUUUGUGUUCUACAAUGCGGCAAUGAGGGCUUCCAUUCGGCUGCACAGGUCUAUGUUACACGGAGUCACUCGAGCCGCCAUGUACUUCUUCCAUACGAACCCGUCAGGAAGAAUCCUGAACCGUUUUACUAAGGACUUGGGCCAAUUGGACGAGGAGUUGCCCUCCAUCAUGUUAAAUGUUAUGCAGGUCUUCCUGGAACUAGGCGGAAUAGUCUUCCUCAUUGCCAUUGUGAACCCAGUAUUCCUGUUACCAACGGUGGUAGUCGGAGUUAUUUUCUAUCAGCUGCGGGCCUUUUACUUGAAGACAUCCCAGGAUUUAAAGCGCAUUGAGGCCAUUACACGUUCUCCUGUCUACUCGCAUGUAAAUGCCACGUUGACGGGUCUAACCACAAUUCGAGCCUUCGGAGCUCAGUGCAUUUUAGAAAAGGAAUUUGAUAGCUACCAGGACAUGCACAGCUCAGCCUUUUAUAUGUUUAUGAGCACAUCCGGCGCCUUCGGAUACUGGCUCGAAAUUCUUUGUGUCAUCUACAUAGCAGUCAUUGCGCUUAGUUUCUUUAUCUUUCCUCCGUCCAGUGGAGGCGAUGUGGGUCUAGCCAUAACACAAGCUAUGGGCAUGACAGGUAUAGUGCAAUGGGGAAUGCGUCAGACUGCGGACUUGGAAAACACUAUGACUGUAGUGGAGCGAGUGGUCGAGUACGCGGACAUUGAGCCAGAGGGUGAGCUAGAGGCACCGGCUGACGAAAAGCCUCCAGAGACAUGGCCAGAGCAGGGUAGCAUCCUGUUUGAAGAUCUCAGUCUACGAUACGUGCCCGAUCCUAAAGCGGACAACGUUUUAAAGUCCCUUAGUUUUGCGAUCAAGCCUCGCGAAAAGGUGGGGAUCGUAGGUCGCACCGGGGCAGGAAAGUCCUCACUGAUUAAUGCCCUGUUCCGCUUGUCCUACAACGACGGAUCCAUCAUCAUCGAUAAGAGAGACACCAACGCAAUGGGCCUGCAUGAUCUGCGUAGCAAGAUCUCCAUUAUUCCCCAGGAACCUGUUCUCUUCUCUGGCAGUAUGCGGUACAACCUAGAUCCCUUCGAGGAGUACAGUGAUGAGAAACUUUGGCGUUCCCUGGAAGAGGUAAAGCUCAAGGAAGUGGUGGCCGAUCUUCCUAGCGGAUUAAAAAGCCAAAUCACGGAGGGCGGCACCAAUUUCAGUGUGGGUCAGCGUCAGUUGGUCUGCUUGGCCAGGGCCAUUCUUCGGGAGAACCGCAUCCUGGUGAUGGACGAGGCCACGGCCAAUGUAGAUCCCCAGACGGACGGCCUCAUCCAGGCCACCAUCAGAAACAAGUUCAAGGAGUGCACAGUUCUCACGAUAGCCCAUCGCCUGCACACGAUCAUGGACUCGGACAAGGUGCUGGUCAUGGAUGCCGGUCGGGUGGUGGAAUUCGGCACUCCCUACGAGCUGCUGACGGCGGCAGACUCCAAGGUUUUCCAUGGCAUGGUGAAGCAGACGGGGCCGGCCACCUACGACGCGCUGCUUAAGAUUGCACAAAGGUACUUCGAAAGCGGAAAAGAUCUGAAGGGAAGCAUCGCCUCUUAAGUUAAUAGUUUAAAAUUGUUGAUCAAAUGUGUAAAAAUAAAAGG